AUGCUCACCCCAGCUGCGUCAAAUUGGGGGAUCGAUUCGCGUUUUAAACAGCAACCCUCGUGUCAUGUUUCAGAGGGCGUGCGGGACACCGGAGGCGGCGGAGGGGAUCAAGGGGGUGGCAAGGUGUCGAAGAGAGCGAAACCCGUUGACCCGGACGAAGACGUCCACGAGAACAACGAGGACUACUACUACGAGGACGUGGACGAAAGAAACAAUCCGACGAACGAGGCUCCGGCCGUGCCGCCCGGAUUCCUCAGUCCCUCUGUGCGGGAGUACCUCGAUCUCGGUAAAUCGAUACCUGGUCGGCCAGGUACGGACUAUCCGGUGCUAGGCAAAGUACCCUAUUUCUACUGCGACGAGCAACCGUACCCGGGUUUCUUCGCGGACGUUGAGACGAGAUGCCAGGCGUGGCACUACUGCGACAUAGACGGCCGUCAAGCGACGUUUUUGUGCCCGAACGGGACGCAAUUCAGCCAGGCGGUGUUCGUCUGCGACUGGUGGUUCAACGUGAGAUGCGAGCUCAGCCCGAAGUUGUACGCGAUCAACAGCCGGCUGUACGGGAGACCAACGGAGAGCCCGACGCGGCCCCAUCGUCUGAUCACCAAGGAGCUGCUCGAGAACAUCUUCGUGAGACGGAAAUGA